CGUUAGUGGAAGGUGGGGGCAAUCAUGGUGCCGCUGGGGAGGGGAGAAGCUGCCGCUGCCGCCGUUGCCGGGAGCCGCGGAGACAGGUCAUCAUUACCUUUCCAUUUCUCACAAUUGAGCUGAGCACAAUUGAACCAUGGGGGAACACAGUCCAGACAACAACAUCAUCUACUUUGAGGCAGAGGAAGAUGAGCUGACCCCCGAUGACAAGAUGCUCAGGUUUGUGGAUAAAAACGGACUGGUGCCUUCCUCAUCUGGAACUGUUUAUGAUAGGACAACUGUUCUUAUUGAGCAGGACCCUGGCACUUUGGAGGAUGAAGAUGACGAUGGACAGUGCGGAGAACACUUGCCUUUUCUAGUAGGGGGUGAAGAGGGCUUUCAUCUAAUAGAUCAUGAAGCAAUGUCCCAGGGUUAUGUGCAACACAUUAUUUCACCAGAUCAGAUUCAUUUAACAAUAAACCCUGGUUCCACGCCUAUGCCAAGAAAUAUUGAAGGUGCAACCCUCACUCUGCAGUCGGAAUGUCCAGAAACAAAACGUAAAGAAGUCAAGCGGUACCAGUGCACCUUCGAGGGCUGUCCCCGCACCUACAGCACAGCAGGCAACCUGCGCACCCACCAGAAGACUCACCGAGGAGAGUACACCUUUGUGUGUAAUCAGGAGGGCUGUGGCAAGGCCUUCCUCACCUCCUACAGCCUCAGGAUCCAUGUGCGAGUGCACACGAAGGAGAAGCCAUUUGAGUGUGACGUGCAGGGCUGUGAGAAGGCGUUCAACACGCUGUACAGGCUGAAAGCACAUCAGAGGCUUCACACAGGGAAAACGUUUAACUGUGAAUCUGAAGGCUGCAGCAAGUACUUCACCACACUCAGUGAUCUGAGGAAGCACAUUCGAACCCAUACAGGAGAAAAGCCAUUUCGGUGUGAUCAUGAUGGCUGUGGAAAAGCAUUUGCAGCAAGCCACCACCUUAAAACUCACGUCCGUACACAUACUGGUGAACGACCCUUUUUCUGCCCCAGUAACGGCUGUGAGAAAACAUUCAGCACUCAAUACAGUCUCAAAAGUCACAUGAAAGGUCAUGAUAACAAAGGACACUUAUACAAUGCACUUCCAAAUCACAAUGGAUCAGAGGAUGCAAAUCACUCACUUUGUCUGAGUAACUUGAGCCUUCUGUCCACAGAUUCUGACUUGCGAGAAAAUUCCAAUACAACACAGGGCCAGGAUCUCAGCACUCUUUCACCAGCAAGCAUCUUUAAAUCAAUGUUCCAGAAUGCAGAUGAUUCGGCGAUUCAGGAAGACCCUCAACAGACAGCUGCCUUGAUUGAAAGUUUUAAUGGUGAUGCAGAGUCAGUCAGUGAUGUUCCGCCAUCCACAGGAAAUUCAGCAUCUUUAUCUCUUCCGCUUGUACUGCAGCCUGGCAUCUCCGAGCCACCCCAGCCUCUACUACCAGCCUCAGCACCGUCUGCUCCUCCGCCUGCUCCCUCCCUAGGAACUGGUUCCCAGCAAGCUGCAUUUGGCAACCCCCCCGCUCUCUUACAACCUCCAGAAGUGCCUGUUCCCCACAGCACACAGUUUGCUGCUAAUCAUCAAGAGUUUCUUCCGCACCCCCAGGCACCGCAGCCCAUCGUACCAGGACUUUCUGUUGUUGCUGGGGCUUCUGCAUCAGCAGCGGCUGUGGCAUCAGCCGUGGCAGCACCACCCCAACCACAAAGUACUACUGAGCCCCUGCCAGCCAUGGUCCAGACUCUGCCCCUGGGUGCCAACUCUGUCCUGACUAAUAAUCCCACUAUCACCAUCACCCCGACUCCCAACACGGCUAUCCUGCAGUCCAGCCUAGUCAUGGGAGAACAGAACUUACAGUGGAUAUUGAACGGUGCCACCAGUUCAUCGCAAAACCAAGAACAAAUUCAAGCAUCUAAAGUUGAGAAGGUGUUUUUUACCACUGCAGUACCAGUAGCCAGUAGCACAGGGAGCUCUGUACAGCAGAUUGGCCUCAGUGUCCCCGUGAUCAUCAUCAAGCAAGAGGAGGCAUGUCAGUGUCAGUGCGCAUGCCGGGACUCUGCCAAGGAGCGGGCUGCUGGCAAGAGAAAGGGCUGUUCUUCCCCACUCCCUGCAGAGCCGAGCCCCCAGCCACCUGAUGGGCCCAGCCUGAAGCUACCGCCACAGACUUUCCCCUCACCCACUGUCCCCCUGUCAUCCUCUUCCGCCGUACCCUCUUCCUGUGAGCAAAGCAGGCAAGCAGAGACUCCUUCAGACCCUCAGACAGAAACGUUAAGUGCCAUGGAUAUGUCAGAGUUUCUGUCCCUCCAGAGCCUGGACACGCCAUCCAAUCUGAUUCCUAUUGAAGCACUACUGCAGGGGGAGGAGGAGCUGGGCCUGACCAGCUGCUUCUCCAAGUGAAAGGCCCAGAGGUGCUCACCUCCGGGAAGAGGGCGAGCAGGAAGCAUAAGGUGUGAUGCCUCUCAUCAUGGAGUCAACAGUUUGAAGGAUGAAGAAAUCUACUGUUUGAAAUCCUCACCUUUGAGAUGUAUUUUCUUUAUUCAUAUCCCAGGAGCAUCCAUUUUAAGGAACUGAUCUUUGGAAAAAAAAAAAAAAACAACAAAAAAACAAAACAAAAAAAAGCUAAGUUAUAAAUGAACUGUUUGGCUGCACUGUAUGUCACUUUUGCUUAUUGUCAUGUGAACUUGGAAAUUAAGGUUACUCGUAUGCAUAAAAAUUCUGAAUGAAAGGGUGUGGUUUCCAUCAAUCUGAUGCUGCCCAUCACUUGCACUGGGGCCUUUGUGGUUUGGGCAGUGGAGUUCAGUGGUCGAGUGUUGCUCCUUCCCCGUGUGUCUUGAGUCUGAGGCUGAAACUUGCUUGGAAGGCCAGACCCUCACUCCAUCAGGGAGGGAAGUGGCGAAGACAGGUCAGAUAGCUGUGAACUGCACAGGAAUUAGAUGCGAUGGUUUAGUUGCUUGCGCUUGGUGUUGGUGGAGCUCGGAGUGACUGGCAGAUGUCCUCAUGCAGCCAGCUGCAGUACAAACGGGCAGCUGACAGCCUGGCCCGAGGCUGUGGGGAGGGUCUGGUCCUGCAGGGGCCGAGGUGAGCUGUUGCCUGCUGCCUAUCAGUGACGCAUGUGCAGAGCAGGCUCUAGCAACGUGAUCACAGUUUUUGCUUUCCUGGUUCUUUCUGUCUCUCAGUUGGUUGCCAGGGAUGGCAGAUCGCAGUGAAUUUUUCUUGGGGAACAUCCCUGUUUUGUCCUAGAGUGGACACGUGACUUAUGGCCAGUUGCUGGUUGGUGCUCUGCCUUCCUUUAAUGGUAUUUUCUUCCUCAGAACAGAAGAGCUGCAUUUUGCUUAUCAGGAGGUGGUGUGGCUUUAAGGGAGGUUUUUAAAGGUGGCCUCUAAUUGGCAGGCCAGGUGUCCAGGUUCCAGGUUCUAGCCAGGUUUUUGGUUGCCUCCUCCCAUCGCCACCUCUUACCCCUCCGGAUCUUGCAUACAGCCUAGUACAGUGCAAAGAAGGAUGUGACUUGUUCAGCUUAGUUAUAUGAUUUCUAAACAAAAACAAAAAUCACGAAACGAUGAUCUUCUACUCAGGGUAAAACAAAACAAAACAAAUUCCCCUUCCACCAAAAAGCCUGAAAUGUUGCAAUAAGUUAUCUCAUUUGGAAUGCUUCAUUAAGUUGUGUUAUAGGAAAAAAAGAAUUGUUUUUUGAUUUGUGUAUAGAAUUCUAUCUAUCUGUCUGCCUUUGGCUCCAAGUCAUUGCCUCUAAGCAUAAAAUACAGUCCGCACUAAAAUGAAAAGUUCCUCUCAACUGGCUUUAUUAAUGUAGUCAUGAGUGCUCACUGAGCUCCGAAACGGGGCAUGGUCCAGGGUCUGGACUAGGCCUCUGCCUCCCACGAGCCCCUUCCUUGCCUUGAGUGAGGAGCCGCCUUCCACAAACAGGGCUGCUCUUCUAAGUCGAUGGUGUCGGGCAGGAAGCGGCCAUAAUUUUGCCUUCCUUUUCCACUCGCUAAUGUAAAGAGAUCUGUAUUUGUCGUCUCCUGUUCUGAGCCGUUACUCAGAGCCAGCCAAGACAGUAUCCAGAGCAGAGCAUUUCGGGAACCAGAGGCCCUACCUGAAACAGGAUGUUCAGCGACAGACUUGGACAAGAGGGCAGUGGUGGGAAAUGUGGUCACGGCCAUGAGGCAAAACGGGCUCAGCCACAAGCAGCUGGCGACUUCUCAUUCCAGGAGCCUACGCAGGAGAAUCGGUCUCUUUCUGACCUGCACUCCCCUCCCCAGAAGGCUGGUGGGUCUGGUGGCCAUUGACCUCAGCAGAAGCUGAUAAAGCAGGAGGAAUCUUCUGUUAUCACAGUGGCUUAGGUUAGUCUUUCUGGAACACCAGCUGCUCCCCAUGAGUUGGCCUUAGCUAUCUCUGGACCUUGCACCCGUAGGAAGCUUUGAGGUGGGACCCUUGGCUGUUUUCUCUGCAACUUCUGAGAGCAGCGCAAUGGGAUCUUAAAGGUAGUUCACAUCGAAGGGCAGAAUGACCUCCCACAUACCUAGGCCCACCUGGGAUUCGGUUCCCUGGGGCCUGAGCUGGACACAGGAGCCCAGGGACGGCCACUAGCAGCAUCCAUGGUUUAAAUAUUGCUUCUUUCUGGUUAGCUGUGCUUGUGUUGGGCCUUCCUAGGUCGUUGGCUUUUCCACUCUCCAAAGACUGGGUGUGAUGAAGAAGCAUUUUAAAACAGUGUUUAGGCUGACAGAUUUUUCUAGUUGAAGUAUCUGCCUUUCGAGGGUGACUUCUUAUAAGGGGGACCAUCAAAUCCAAUCAGCUUUUUAAAAACCAAGAGUGUGCUUCAAAUGCUAUGAGUGGUUGUGAAGAGCAGGUUUGUUCCACAGGGUAGGCAUUCUUUCCUUCCUCUUCCAGCACUCUCCCGCCCCACCCCUUUCCUUAAGCCUGGCAUCUAGUGCAGGGACCUUGGAGAAGAGAGGGCUGCUGACUAAAGUGGAGCCAAAAAGAGCCUUCAUGGAGAGUGAGGUUUCCCAAACCUGGGAAUGAACCUAGGGUAAGGUUAGGGAAGGUCUGCAGACUUCUUAGCAGGUGAAGUCAAGCCUUUUGUUCUUUGCAUGGUAACCAUAACCAUUUUCACCCGAUAGAUUUAUACGUCCAGCUCCCACUAGCAUCUCUAGUUAUACUGCCCCUUUACAGUGUGCUAGCUAGCAUCAGGAAUUGGAAUUCAUAGGCUUUGGCGGUGGUAGGACUCUGGCUGGCACCGCCAAACUGCCUUAGUGAAGAUGGCCCUUCCCGGGCACAUGGGUGGGGAUUGAGGGAAAAAGUGGCCCUGCCUUUCCUGGCAGGGUCUGGCCAAACUCAUGGGGCAUCACUAGUUUGGUGACAGUAGUUGGUGUCAUUUAUUAAAUUCCAUCCCUCGCCACCCUUUUAGAAGGAGAUCAUGGUACAAAGCCUAGGAGGGGCCUUAAGGUGUGAAGACCCCUCUGGGUAGAAGCAAGGGACUUCUCUUCACCACCUCUGGGAGAGUCAGUAAACUGGAGAGCUUUACCUUCAGGGUCAAGGCAGUGGACUGAUGGGGAGAAUGGAGGGUGGGUGGGUUUUCCUGAGAGACUUUGUAUAAUGCUGAAUGUGUCCAGAAGGACGAGUUUGCAGAACCUCAUAUUGGUAUAUUAAAGAAAUAAUAAAAUAAAAAAGCACUUUAGGUUAUUUUAUCUUUAACCCAAUUGCUGCAAUUUCUUUUGUGUAUGUGUGUGUGUGUACAUGUACACACAUACACACACACACACAUAUAUAUAUACUUUCCACAAAGUUUUAUUUUUGCUCAGAAUAAAAAGUUAAAUUGAGGUGUGAAAAAAAAAAGCACUUACCUUAGUGCAAUAUGUGUAGCUUGACGGUCGUUGUCCCAUGUGGCCCUGGCCUGGCCACCUUUUUCUGCUCCAUCAGCCCUGUACCAGGAGGCUGUCUUGAGGGAAACACUAUUAUAUGCAUUCUCAGCAACUGCUCAAUCUAUGCAAGCCUUCCCUGUGUGCCCGGGGGCGCCCCCUCAGGCGCUCUGAAGAACUGCUGCGGGUCCUGUUUUCUGCUGACUGUUGAGGCCCUUUUUUCAUCAUUUCUUGCACCCUUGCCAUUUUUCCCCCCUUCACCAUUACAAAGUGAUGCCUGAGAGGAACAGGUGGUUCCUAGGUAGAAACCUGGCACCUUCUAGACUUCUAUAUUUGUAAUCACGUCCAUUGUCCUUAAUCUUAAAGACUUCUCCAGUCACUGAAACCAUUGAUUUGUGGAACUGCAACAGUAUUGCUAAAGUUUACAAUUUGCCUACAUCACCAAUCAGAAAUAUGUUUGGGGAGGGGGUACAACGUGAGCCAUUUCCAUAUUGCUCCCAUACUGCCCAUUGGGAAGGCCUCCAGCCUUCAUUAAAUUCAGUGAACAAAGCUGUUAAUAAUUUGCUUUAUCAAAAUUUUCCUUCCCCUUCACUCCCCUCUUGUUCCCCCUCCCACCCCAUUUUGUCUUCAUUCUCAGGCUGCUAUACAGUUUUAAAAUAUACUUCAGCCAAAGCAGAAAGAGUUCCAUAGAUCCAAUAUGCAAAUGGUUCUGUGACAUCGGAAUUGUCCAUUUCUUAAUAUUCGGGAGGGAGGAGGCAACAAAACUGAAUUAUGCAUAUUUCUGAUUGGUAAUCAGUUUAGCCUGUUUCCUCUUGGAUAUCUUUGGAGGUAAGGGAAAGUGUCCCUUUUUUUUUUCUCAUGUUCUUUGGGGAAGCUGAUGAUCACUGGGCAUUUCUGUUACUCCUGUUUAAGAGAGGGCUUCUCAGUCUGCACUGAAAAAUGCAAAUUAAACUGGAUCUUUAUGUCAAUGUGUACAUAGUACAAGGAUUUUUUACUGGAUGCAAAGUUUAAAACUACACACUGCCCUUUUGGUGGUGUGCCUGCUGGGCCAAAAAUUGGGUGAUAAUGUCGUGUCACUUUCUCAGCUCAAUGCAGUUUCUACUUUUUCUUAUGGGAAACUUUUUCAUGAAAACCUUUUUUCACCAAAACCCAGGGGUGUUUUUUGCAAUAUCCUUGUUAUCUUCGUAGUGGUGCCAAGUCAGAGGCUUCUCUUGCCCUUCUCCCCUGUGUCCUCAGGCCUCGCCUAGGGCACUGUUUGACUCAACAGUCUACAUCCUUUCUUGGUUUUUUUUGAGAAUGUGGAGGUGGGGGUCAGAGUUCAAGGUGGCUGUUUCUUUUCCCUGUGAACUCCCAGUCUCUGGAGAAGGUGGCUGGAAACAGGGUUUUGCUGAAUAUCUGGCUCAGAUCUCCCGGCCAGGAAAGAAAGGCAAGACCCACGAGAGCCUUCUUUUUUGAUAUAUACUAGUCAUUGGCCGGAGGUCUUGGUAACAGUUCUUUAAAUCCCAAAUAGUUUUAUUUGGAUUAUGUAAAAGCCUAUCAAAUUCAUUUAAGUGUGAAACAUGGGAACAAUGAACUUCCACUGAGCGAUAUGAAAACGUUACAGGUUCAGUACUUCCAAAGGAAGAAACCUCCAAACCCAAAAAAGAGUAAAUAUGAAUUUGUAUUUUUGAAGAAUGUGAAAUAAUGGUGUUUGCUUAAUUGCUCAUUUUGUAUAAACUUAAUAUUGUACUUUAAAAUAUCUGCUAAGAAGUGAAAAUUUAACUUUUUGGAAUUGAAAAAGCAAUAUUAAAUACUAAUGAAAUCCUAAUUAAAUGCUUAUUUAAAUCUGGUA